AGAGGAGUUUACUGCGCAGGCUUGAUCAUAAUGGCUUUGUGCUGUCAAAAUAUGAUGCGGUCGUUCCUAUAUUCUGUCACAAUGUGUCGUGUAUAGCCUCAGUGACUCGAUUAAACACUGAGUCCUGAUUGUCGUGGGGGUAUGAUAGUAGUCCUUGAAACGAGAUUGAUUGAAGAAGUGGAUAUAAAAAGGGCGGGUGUUGAUAGUGCAAAUCCUAGAAAGCAAACAAUGGAUCAAUACCGUGUGGAAACGGGUAAUAUGCGGAUACAAUGAAAAAUCGUUGUUCCUUUAUUGUAACGUUGUUCGCACUGUGCGUGCUUAUUCUAUCUGAAAACUUGAGGGGGUGAAUCGAUCGUCAAUAUGGAAAGAUCGGACAACCAACAGAAGACCUGGAAAAGGAAAAAUAUGAAGUCGAACGCGACAUCAGAGGUAGUGACCCAGUGUGUCCAGGUUGUCGUAAGAUGUCGACCGAUGGACGAAAAGGAAUUGACUCGUGGAUAUACACGUGUGGUAGAUGUAUUUCCAUCGAGGGGAGUGGUCGAGAUUCGUCAUCCGCGGGAUGAUCCAUCUAGCGAUAAUGUGAAAGUCUUCACGUUCGAUGCGGUUUACGACUGGAACUCCAGCCAACAAGACCUAUACGAGGAAACGGUCAGACCAUUAGUGUCCUCCGUCCUUGAUGGUUUCAACGGUACCAUCUUCGCUUACGGGCAAACCGGUACUGGGAAAACUUAUACCAUGGAGGGUCUAAAAAACGAUUACAACAGACGGGGUGUGAUUCCACGGUCUUUCGAGCAUAUCUUCAAUCAUAUUGGCAGAUCCGAGAAUAUGCAAUAUUUGGUACGCGCGAGCUAUCUAGAGAUCUAUCAAGAGGAAAUACGCGAUCUUCUGCAGUCUGAUCAGAGUCUUCGGUUCGAAUUGAAGGAGAAACCGGACACAGGUGUGUUCGUGAAAGAUCUAUCCACAUCGGUGUGUAAAAGCGCCACAGAGAUACAGCAGUUGAUGAACAUGGGUAACCAGAACAGGACUAUAGGUGCGACAAAUAUGAAUGAACAUAGCUCUCGAUCGCAUGCGAUAUUUUUGAUUACUAUUGAGAUGGGAUCUAUCGACGAUACCGGAGGGAUUAGAGUAGGCCGUUUGAACUUGGUUGAUCUCGCCGGUAGCGAGAGACAGAGCAAAACUGGCGCUUCCGGUGAAAGGUUGAAGGAAGCGAGUAAGAUCAAUUUAAGCUUAUCGGCUCUGGGAAAUGUGAUUUCUGCUUUGGUGGAUGGAAAAACCACACACGUACCGUAUAGAGAUUCUAAGCUUACGCGACUACUACAAGACUCUUUAGGCGGAAAUUCAAAGACUAUUAUGGUUGCGAAUAUUGGUCCUGCGAGUUACAAUUACGAUGAAACUCUGACGACGUUACGAUAUGCCAACCGCGCGAAAAACAUAAAAAAUAAGCCAAGGAUAAACGAAGAUCCAAAAGACGCUUUGCUGAGGCAGUAUCAAGAAGAAAUAGGUCGACUGAAGGAGAAGUUAGCCCAAAAGGGUAUGGUGCAGAGACGAAAGAAAAAGCCGAAAAAAAAGAAAGGAGAUGAGGCUGCGGAUUCAGAAUCUGAAACAGAGGAUAGCCGAGGCGAGGAUAAUAAAAUCGAAACUGAUAAGAAGCUUAUCGCGGAACAGCUGAAAGCGGAGAAACAAGAGACGGAGCAUCUUAUACUGAGAAUUAAAGACUUGGAGAGCAAGAUGCUUUGUGGAGGUAAAAACAUCAUCGAUCACACAAACGAACAACAAAGGGCAUUGGAACAGAAGGCGGCUGAGAUUGCAGAGAGAAAGAAACGAGAAGUUGAAAUGCAACAGAAAUUGGAAGACGAAGAGCUAACAAUGUUGGGCGUGAAGGAAACUUAUACGAAUCUGCAGCAGGAAGUUGACGUGAAGUCUAGGAAACUAAGGAAAUGUUUCACGAAGUUGCAGGUUCUGAAGCAGGAACUAGAAGAUGUUACUAAUGAUUUCAACAGGGACAGGAGGGACUUGGAACAAACCCAACACGAGUUGAUGAAAGAACUGAAACUAAAGUAUCUUAUAAUAGAAAAUUUUAUUCCCGAAGAGGAAAAGAAUAAAAUUCUGUCAAGAACUCAUCUGGAUGAAGAGGAAGACUGUUGGAUAGUGAAAGACCCAGAGCCAUCCAGUAUAGAUGCGAUAAAGAGACCCACGUCAGUUCCAUGUGCACGAAGGCCGGUUUCGGAAUACGCACGAAUCGCCCUGGCAAUGGGGCGAGGUUGUCGCUACGCUGGUGAAAACAUAUUGAAUUUGGAUCUUGAUAUGCCCGCAAGGACGACGUUGGAUUAUCAAGGACCCGUCAUAGCGCCCACGAUUCAAGCCGUUCUUGAACAAGCAUUACGCGACGAGGGCGACAUUGACGUGGAUGCUUCGAACGCAAAACUCAGAUCGAAACCGCGAUUACAGUCCGCAAAAAUACGACCUAAGAGCGUUGGGAAAAUCCAACAGAUUCCACCGCCCGUUUAUCCGAAGACUAGGGGACUCGUGCCGAAGUAGAAAAUUGUACUGCAUUCUCUUGCGUCUGUAAAGUGAAAUGUAAAUAUUGCGCGAACUACAUGUCAGGUCGUAUUCGAUUAAUUUAUAUAGUUGUCGUAAGACGCCAUGGUAUCGCGUUAUUCGAUAAGCGUGAAAUAGUUGGAGUCUUUAUAAUUCUCUAGUCAAUGUGCAGCCGCGUGGUAUUAUUGCAUUAAUAAAGUACACGGAAUAAAUAAGUUUGAAAUUAAAAAGAUACUGAUUUAUUAAUCGAUUAUCGUGGAUAGUGGCAGUA